AUGGGCUUUGCCGAGGUCCUGGAACUCGUCGGCAGCAUGGGGCGCUUCCAGGCAGUCUACGUGACGCUGCUCUCCCUCCCGGUCUUCAUGAUGGCCAGCCACAUGGUGCUGCAGAACUUCACUGCGGCCACGCCGGACCACCACUGUGCUUUCCACCACAAUGCCACUCCCGGGAAUCGCAGCCUGGCACCGGAAGACCUCCUCCGCGUCGCCAUCCCUCUGGAUGAGAAGCAAAGGCCGCAGCGAUGCCGCCGCUUCGUGGACUAUCAGUGGCAGCUGCUGAACGCCACCCUCUUGAACGGGACCGGCGUUCCCGGCCCUGCGCUGGAGGCGGCGACGGAGCCCUGCCGCGAGGGAUGGCUGUACGACAGGAGCGUCUUCCGUAGCACGGUUGUCACCGAAUGGGACCUGGUUUGCUCGGCACGGACUCAGAAGCAAAUGGCCCAGUCCCUCUACAUGGCUGGGGUGCUGCUGGGCGGCAUCGUCUUCGGAGGUCUCUCGGACAGGUUCGGACGCCGGCUGAUCCUCACCUGGUGCUACCUGCAGCUGGCCGUCACCGGCACCGUCACGGCCUUCGCCCCCAGCUUCGUGGUCUAUUGCAUCUUCCGCUUCCUGUCCGGGAUGGGCUUCUCGGGCAUCGUGCUCAACGGCGUCUCCCUGUGUGUGGAAUGGACACCCACCAGGACGCGAGCCGUGCUGGGAACCUUGAACGGCUGUGCUUACACCACCGGGCAGAUCGUCCUGGCAGGGCUGGCGUACCUGAUCCCGGACUGGCGGCAGCUGCAGCUCACUGUCUCCCUGCCUUUCUUCGUUUUCUUUUUCUACUCCUGGUGGUUCGCUGAAUCUGCCCGCUGGUUGGUGACAGCCGGUAAACUGGAUCAGGCCGUGAAGGCGCUCAAGAGGGUAGCGGCCCUGAAUGGGAAGCGCGAGGCGGCCAACACGCUGGACAUGGAGGUGAAACUGGGAAACAUGAAGGAAGAGAUGGCAUCCAUGAAGUCGAGCUAUUCCAUCCUUGACCUGGUGCGGACGCCGACCAUGCGCCGCAUCUCUUGCUGCGUGUCCCUUGUGUGGUUCUCCACCAGCUUUGCUUAUUAUGGGCUGAUCAUGGACCUGCAGAAUUUCGGGAGCAACAUCUACUUGGUUUUGCUGGUGUUUGGAGCCGUUGACUUCCCGGCCAAGUUCAUCUCGGUGCUCACCAUCAGUUACAUCGGCCGCCGGUUCACCCAAGCCGUCAUGCUCGGCCUGGCCGGCAUGACCAUCUUGACCAACAUCUUCAUUCCUCAAGACAUGCUGACGGUGCGCACCGUCCUCGCCGUCUUCGGGAAGGGUUGCUUGGGCGCCUCAUUCAAUUGCAUCUAUUUAUACACCGGAGAACUCUACCCGACCGUGCUUCGGCAAACCGGCAUGGGUCUGAGCAACACCAUGGCCCGCUUGGGGGGCAUGAUGGCCCCCGUGGUGAAGAUGUCCAGCGAGUACAUUCCUUUCCUGCCGCCUGUGAUCUACGGCACUGCUCCAGUCGUGUCUGGGCUGGCCGCUGCCUUCCUGCCCGAAACCCGCAACCUCCCUCUGCUGGAGACGAUUCAGCAGGUAGAGAACAGGUGA